CCGCUAUCCAGCAAGCCACCACAGCUCUCAGCUAGCCACAACGGCUUUUGCAGCAUACCUACGGAUAUCAGGGGCAGUCGCCAGCCAACAGAUCCUUCACUCCGCAUUACUCUAACGAUUCUUCAGCGGUGUACAGCAUGCGUCUAGAACCAGUCGCCAGGCAACGGAUUCCUUCACUCCGCACCACUCCAAUGAAUAUUAUGCAAUGCACACCAUCUCUUUCGAUAGAUUGCAUAUCUCUCCGACCUCAAUUUGUCCAGCUCGCAACUGUGGGCAAUGGGACGUGCUGAGUGGUCGUGGUUAGCAAAUUAGCACCAGAUGCAGCAUUGAAUGCUUAACAAUUCCACCACCCGCAUACGGCGGGCACCUUCUUACGGCGAUUCAGCUUGGACACGGUUACAAAACGGGCGGUGGCUUGCGCUGAGCGACCAGUGAAGAAGGACAGAAGAGCUGCAACAAUGAGGAACCGUUCGAUGUUACCAUGCCUAUCUUUAUUGGCUCUCAGUCAGCCAAAGAGUGCGUUAAGCAGAUGCAGGGUUGGCAAGUGUCAACUGAGACUGGAUGAAUGAACGCAGGAGCUGCGGACACAGCUUUGCGCAGCUGACGACGCUGUACAUCAGCCAGCCACAGAAUGAGUGUGAGCAAGAGCAUUUCGGGUUCACGACAGGAGGUAGAAGUUGCGAGAGAACUCUUCCCUACUGCAUAAAGGUUGGAAGGUGCCCGAUAUACCAAUUUCCAUCCUCCAUACAUCGAUUCCAACACCAGAACUCAUUGGACUGCGAUUACCAUGGCUACAGAUAUUCCACCAUUCCAAUUGCAUUUGAUGUUUAAGCUUCACAAUGGCAAACAGCUCACCCUAAAUGAGAUCCGAAAGGCGCAAGAGAUGGGGAUUGAAAUUCCAUGGCCUCCCACUGAGGGUGCACCGUUCGUGAAUGCUAGCGGAGAAGAAGAGCAAGAAGGAUUUCCAAUUGGGCCGGUUAUGCAUGCUGUACCCCCCGUUCGACGCAAUCCCGAGCCAUUCUUCCCCACACGCCGCGACGUCGUUACGAAUCCUGAUGAUGGGGAGGGUGGUGUCACAAACACGGCUGGCGAUGACAUCCAAGAAGGAGUAGCUCCAGUCCAACCGCUUAACAAGUCGCAGCGUCCACCACCUCCUAGCAACGGGCAAGGUGGACGACAUGACACGUGUUAUCAUCCUUCUCAUGGCUCGUGUUAUUAUCCUUCUCACUAUCUCCACCUGGCAACCAACAAGUACCAGUACCAGAUUCCUGACUGGGCUGGUCCGACUCAAAGAGAUCCAUACGGGAAUCCUAGGCCGCGCUAUAACCCCAGAGAUGAUCAAGAUGGACGACUAGACCGACGUUAUCCUAGCUCUCAGUACUUCCAUCUGGCGACUAACAAAUACCAGUACCAGAUCCCUGACUGGGCUCGUCAGACUGAAAGGGAUCCAUACGGAAAUCCUAGGCCGCGUUAUAAUCCCAGAGAUGAUCAAGACGGACGACUAGACCGACGUUAUCCUAGUAGUCAGUACUUCCAUCUGGCGACUAACAAAUACCAGUACCAGAUCCCUGACUGGGCUCGUCAGACUGAAAGGGAUCCAUACGGGAAUCCUAGGCCGCGUUAUAAUCCCAGAGAUGAUCAAGAUGGACGACUAGACCGACGUUAUCCUAGUACUCAGUACCAGCGUCGGACAGUAGAUGGUGGCACCGCCAAAAUUAAUGGUACCACCGUUACACCGGACCAGAUCUACAGCUGGCCUGGCAGUGGCGUCGGUCUCCGCAUUGGAACGGGCGGGUCAGAUCAGUCCGGCCUCCUGGUAAAGUUGCUUGAUGGAUACCUUCAAUAUUGUGUCGAGAUCAAGAAAGAGACCCCAUUCGUUGUUGAGUUCUACGCAUCGGAUUCAGGUGUCACUAUAGACUAUCUGUGCGAGAAUAUUAUCGAUAUUGGCAUUACGGAUAGUGUUUUGCUUGACACACUCGCCACCAAUCAAGGUAUCAUUGACCGGAGAGAGACUGGCUGGCGCGACCACUGGAUGCUGGUUGGCCCGCAAAACAAUCCAGCGAAACUCCCAGAGAACAGCGAUACAAGCGUGUAUGCACUGUUCUCAGCUCUUUACACCAGCCUCCAAGCCGACCCCGGCUCCUCCACAGUGUUCCUAUCUCGCUCCGAUGGGUCCGCGUCCAAUGUUAAGGAAUCAUCCAUCUGGUCCGCAAUUGGUCGGACACCAUCAGCCUCGGCUGGAGCAUCCUGGUAUGCGUCCUCCGAGAGCUCCGCCUUGGAGACCUUGGCUGAAGCUGCAAUAAUCGGCGCAUACACCUUAACUGAUAGCGGUAUAUGGAAUGCUGCAAGUGAGGAGAGCCGCAAGGAAUUGACUAUCUUUGCUGUUGGUAAGGAUGACGACCAAGAUCCGCUGCUGAAGCGUGCGGAGCUCGUCAUCGGCAGCAAAGCCAACAAUAAGCAGCGAGCUAAUGACUUUGUGGACUGGAUCAUUCGCGCAGACGGUGGACAGAAAGAGAUUGGGGACUUUUCCCCGAACGGAACUGUUGUGUUUUCACCUGCACCGCUUCCAGGAUCCGUGACGGCCCGUCCCAAUGGAAUGACCAAUGGACCCAACCUAAAACCUGACAACCUCGAUAAAACGAUCGAUGACUCCAAGAAAAAGCCUGUUGAGGCCAAUCCUGUUGUACUUGACAAAACGACGGACGGCGUUGACAAGAAGACCAACCUAUCCCCCGAGCAAAAGCCUCCGCUAAAAUCAAAUCCUCUUCCGCGCGCCAUAUUGCAUCUCCCGUGGUCGGUUAAUGAAGUGUACUUCUUUGAUGGUCCAAAAUAUCUCCGUCUUGACGCCGUGGAUAAAACCAAAACUGGUACUCCAAUUGAAGUCAAAGGCAUGUGGCCCGCGCUAGCGGGUUUGCCUAAUGGGGUCGAUGCAGUCCUGACAGUAGAUAAGGAUGAGAAGGUAGCGUGGGUUUUCAGUGGGGAUUCAUGUAUAGUUAUGGACGUGGAGACUGGAAAACCCUUCCUGGGAGGCAAGUUAAACCCUUGGACGAUGGUGUUUAAAGGUCUGAAGGAGAAGAGCGGCUUCGAGUCCAUUGAUUGCGUUGUGCCGCACUAUUGGAAGGGAGGCGAUCCAAACUGUUCUACAUUCUUUUCCGGAUCGAAGGAAAUUGUCCACAGUAUCUACGGUAAAAACAACGGCAAGCCAGAACCAGAAGUCUCGACUAAUUCGCCGCUAUUGGCUCUAUUGGGAUUCACAAAGAUAGACGCAUUUACCUUUGUGCCGGGAACGGAUUUCGAAGAGGGAUACUUCUUCUCUGGUGGCAAGUAUGCGCACGUGAAGCUCCAACCGAGCACGGUUUUGAGUUUUGGAGACACGCAUAAAAACUGGCUGGGGUUGGCAAAGGCUGGUUUCUUUAACUAGGAAAUACUCCCUGACGCUCAUAGCAAGUCGAGCCAAUUCUUUCUGAAUCUGUGGAGAGAAGCUAUGUUAUUGCAAAUCAUUUUUUGUUCUCAUUUAGUAACGUACUAGUUAUAUAUUCCUAUAUUUCUCCUCUUUCUAGGAAAUAUCCGAUUGUGCACCCAGCCUACAGUCUGAGUCACUAAUCCCUAGCGAUGGAUUGCGCGGGUUAUUAUGGGUAAGCAUCCCUUGUUUCCGCCAGGCGUUGGAUUGCUAGUAUCAACCCAGAGGCUCCAUGCCCGAUCGAUUGAAUGGGGACAAGCAAUCAGGGUCCUCCCAUUAAAGCUCAGGUCGCCGGUACUGUCAAUCUGCCAAUUUUCGAGCUCGAAAUGCGGAGGAACGUAGGGACUGUUCGUGAGGUAGCCCAUCUUGCCUUGGCCUAACAAACAAGCAUGUUAGUAAACCCAAGCUCAUUCAGCUAACGAUCGAUAUAUAGCUGUGUAGGGAGGGUACCAGGUCUACAUACCCAUGCCAGAGCGGUCGACAAAGAUCUCCUGGGUCUCACCGUCCUUAGAGUACAAGAACAGGCUGCCGUGCUUUAUGUGGAAAGUUGCGCGGUUGGGGUGUUCGCCUUCGCAGCUGGCGUUCUGGUGUGGCAGAUGUAGGAAGAGGUUGCUCUGUGCAGCGCUGAAGGGGGCGAGGUGGAUUGGGCUGUCAGGUCGCAGCGCCAUGAGCUCGAAGGCGGUGGCGAGGGCAGAGCUUGCGCCGGCGAGAGAGGC